AUGGACGACGAUAACGGCAACGGCGGCUGGAGCGACUCCGUCGACUACCAGGCCUACCUCUCCGGCCUCUACCCGGGCACCACCUGGUCCCUCGCCCGCCUCGCCGGCGGCCUCGUCAACCGCACCCUCCGCGCGACGCUCGUCUCCGGCGCCGCCCCGCACCGCAGCCUCAUCGUCAAGCACGCCCGGCCCUACGUCGAGACGGCCGGGCCCGCGUGGGCCUUUUCCACCGACCGCCAGGCCGUAGAAGCAGCCGUCCUCGCCCUGUGGCACCACCCCGAGGGCGCCCUCGCCCCCUUCCGUGCGCUGCGCCGCGACGACGCCGACUACGACGACGAUGACGAUGACUUCAGCAACAGCAACGACAUCCCCGCGUGGCACAUCCCGGAGCUCAUCCGCCACGACCGCGGGCCCGAGUCCGCCCUGCGCCUGACCCCGUCCGCGCGGGAAUCCUCCGUGCUCCUCCUCGGCGACCUCGGCCCGCUGGUCAACAUCGUCGAGUUCCUCCUCCGCGCCGGGUCCUCUUCCCGCGACGGCGCCGACGCCGAACAGAUCGACGCCAUCGCCACGACUGUCGGGCGCGCCUUCGCCGUCCUCCACUCCCCCCAGCUCGCGGCCCGCAUCGCCUCGCGGCCCGACGCCGCCGCGGCGCGCCUGACGCACCACCUCGGCAGGGACGUUGUUCGCCGCGCCUGCAUCGAGCCGCUCCUCGCGCGGCUGUCGGCGCCCUCGCGCGUCGGCGGCGGCGGAGGCGGAGGCAAUGACGACGGGGCGCGCCGGCUGUACGACCGUGUCGUCGCCGACUUUGAGGGCCCGGAGAGCUACUCGUACCGCGAGUGCUUCACGCUCGGCGACUUUACGCCCGGCAGCAUCCUCCUCAGGGAUGAUGCUCUUGCGCCCGACGGCACGCAGUGUGACCGCACGCCCAUCAUCGUCGACUGGGAGUUUGCCCAGCUCAACGGCCGGGGCGUCAACGGAGACAUGGCCCAGUUCCUCGCCAGCAUGCACUGCGAGAUACUCGCCGCCUCCGCCUCCGCCUCCUCCAACAACAACAACCACAUCGACGGCAACAACAACGGGCCAGCCGCGCACGCCAGGCUAGUACGCUUCGUGCGCGCCUUUUGCGGCGCCUACCGUUCCUCGGCCGGGCUACGCUGCCGCCGCGACGCCACGGACCCCGACGCGCGGCUCCUCCGCUCCGCGCUCAUCAUGCACGGCCGCGAGGUCGUCAACCAGGCACACGACGUGCACGCCGCGAGCCCGCGCUUCGCCGCCAUGGUCAGCCGCGGCGCCGCGUGCAUCGAGCUCGCGGGGGACGACAUGGCGGCGUUUGUCGACGCGGCCAACUGGGCGAGGCUCAUCAGGAGCGAGGCUGGCGACCUCGUCGUCUCCUUGUUUGACGUGGAGAGCUAG